AACCCUGACAACUGGCACUGCCACCCACCAGAAAAACCACGAACAACCGGCCAUGGACGACUGAUCAUGAAUCCCGUCCGAACUACAAACUCCCCGGGGCGUUCCACUCGCCCACCCGCCCCCGUCUACCGCCAUCCACCACCCCAAUCACGACGACCACCACCUUCCGACGACGAAGACGACGACGACGACGACGACUCUGAUGACGACGAAUUGGGCCGCCCCGGAUCCUCCGGCAGCGAUGCUUCUUCAAAUGUGACUACCGUCUCCGCCGCACCCAUCACCCCGAUCAAUACACAUCCCCCAAACGCUGGCUACUUCUCCCCUCAGUUGCGCUCUGCCUCGACCACCACCUCGCCCCAGCACGCAGCUCGCGCCAUGCCACAAGACACUUCAGGCAGUCGUCGGCCAUCUGGCCGAGGUCCGUCGAUUGAAUUAACUCGCCAUCGAUCAAGACACCAUUCACAGGGCUUCUUCGAGCCAACCUUGCCCACCGCUUCCUCAGAUCAGUUGCCGCCCGUUUCAGCCUCCCGGAUCGCUGCCCAGGCGGCCAUGCAACAGAUGAAACGGCCGCAAAACGGGGCCAACACGUUUGACGAUAGUGCGUCUCGAGUGUCCCGGCGCAGUGGGAGUGCCUCCCCCCCUUUGAUGCCACCCCCUCUACGAAUCAACCAGCCAUCCCCAUCUCUCCCGCCGCCCAAUGCGGCCACGACGGCAGCGAAUGUGGUGUUCCCGCGGGCCGGGGCCUCACCGUUAGACACACAAAUACCGGAGAAGCAGAAAAAGAAAAAGCUCUUCUCAAAACCGAAACACAUUGGAAUCAGUCGAGACAAGGACAGUCGGGAUCGUGGGUUGCCAUCUCCAAGUAAGCUCCCGGGCUUAUCGCGUAUCGUCAGCGCGUCAACCACCAGUCUGGCCGAUCUUCCUUCGAACAAUUCCUCCAUGUACAAUCUCUCCAAUGCCUCUGUCAGCACGGUUGUUCCGGCCGAUCGACCACCCGCGCCCCCAGAGAAGGAUAAGGAUAAGGAUAAGGACAAGCACAAGCACCAUUUCUUGUCUCGGCAGAAGCUCAAGCUGAAGGACCGAGAUGAUCAUUUUAAUCUCCCGCUGUCUUCGGCAUCGAGCAAUUCACGACCGGCGGAUCCAAAUGCACCACAGUCCUUGUAUUCGUUCACCAGUCCAGCUUCGCCGGCACCGGGGGCUACCUUUGGCAAAUCGGUCAGCGGGCUGGAUUUGCUACAUGGAGGGCGUGCUCUUCGCGAGAAGAAGAAGGAAGAGAAAGCGCUCGCCGAUUCCGAGACGAUGGACUGGCUUGCUAAUUCUGCAGGUGGGGCGACGACGCCUGGUGGCUUCGCAGGGCCGUCCUCACUCAAUAGCUCGUCUGGUGUGCUAGGCGAGGCUGUACUACGAGAGACGUUGCAAGGAUUCGGGCUGAAUAACAUGUCACCCGAAGAUGCUUGGGACUUUCUCAAAGCCAAGCUGCUUGUUAUUUUUGAUGGCGAGGAUGUGCGGAUCGCCAUUGAAGAUUUGAAUAAGCUGGUGCUGGUCCAUUUGCAACGCUGCGUGCAUAAACGGGCCCCUGCUUCGGUUAUUACGGAUCUUCAAGAGUUACUCGAGACGGGCUUUGCCACGCUCAACCACAGCUCCCUGGUCGGCAUUCCAGACGAAAAGCUCGUACCUCACCUCGUUCAAAUCUGGCUAUUGGUGUUUGGCACAAUUCUCCCAUUCAUCCAGGCCGUUUUUCUGCCAUUAGAUCUCGAGUUCAAGGGUCUCGGAACGUUGAUGACUAGUCGUGAGGCUCUUGAGUUCUGGGGUGCCCUUCCAGCCGGCGGGUCUCUCGACGUGCGGAAUCUAGUCCUGAUUGCCUUCCGUGACCGCAUCAUCUUGAACCGAUAUGAAACGCUGAAAGCAACCUUCUCACGUCUCAGCCUAGACAGCAUCAACUCUGGAUUCCCAACUCUCAGUGUCACCGCUAAAAGCGCCGGCGCCGGUGGCCGCCCCGGCACAGCCGCCUCUCUCGACGCAGGACUGGGCAGCUACAACUCCCAAUCAUCAACCUUGCUCAGCACCGGCAUAGCAGACAGCUACUCCUCAGACUCAAUGAGCGCACUAGCCCGUCCACUUAGCAGCGACUCCCGCAGUCGCGCCGCAUCAAACACCUCCUCAAACCCAGACCCCCUCAUCUUCUCGUCCAUCUCACCACAAACCUCCAACCAACGUCCCACCAUCAUCCACCGCGGUACAUCCGCCGACUCCUCACACGUCAUCACCGAAACGGUGGGCCGUAUGCUCCAAUGCGUCAGCGUCCUCGCCAGCGUCCAAACCGACGACCCUUCACAAGAGAAAAUCGAAGUCCUCAGCAAAGCCCUCAAACACAACUGGCUCGGUCGUGGCCGUACCGGUCGUGACCGUCGUGGGUUUGUCGGAGCCAAAAUCCGUCCCGUCAUGGUCGGUGGAACGUCUAGUCUGGAUGAUACCGAAUCUUUCACGACGGCCGGGAUCAGCAUCGGGGCGAGUACGAGUACGAGUGGCUCUCGGGCCCGGGGGGAUUCCUCUUCGUCGGAGUGGAGUGGGCAGGGCGCUGGUGCGGGGAUGAGUAUGCGUAGUGGAGGGCGGCGUGAAUUAAGUGUCGUUUGAUGGAUGGGCAGUCUAGAAAUGUUCAUGAUUUAUGAUUUGCCUGUUUGUAUCUGCUACCAGGUGGUGUUUUGAGGGGGAUUAAGUCAUUGCAUUUUUUUCGGUUUCUGUCUCAAUAUCUCUUGGAAGGUUUCUGGUAUCUUGGGUGGUCUGAUGGACUUGCAUUUCUGAUGACUGACGAAGGGCUCCUCCCAGUUGAAUAUUUCUUCUAUCAUCCCAAGAAUCCACUGUUCAAUAUAUUCUAGAUCUGUCUCGAUUAUUUUCCUGUUAUGAAAACACUGAAUUUUCCAGCUGUGGC